UUUAUUUAUCUAUGUAUUUCUCUGCUGUCUUCCAGGCUUAUGCCAAAUUUACUGGUGCUCCCCUGACAGUGAAUGCCAUAAAUAAAUCCUGGAAAGCUCCAAAAGGAGAGGUCCCAGUCUUGAUAUCGGAAGACACUGUUAUUUCUCAGCCAGCAAAAAUACUAAACUUCUUAAGAAAGCAGAAAUACAAUGCUGACUAUGAAUUGACUGCAAAACAAGGUGCUGAUACACUGGCAUAUAUUGCACUACUUGAAGAGAAACUGCUUCCUGCUCUGCUGCACACAUUCUGGGUGGAGGCAGAAAACUACUGCAGUGUGACAAAGCCAUGGUUUGCCUCAAGAAUUCGCUUCCCACUGAGUUUGUAUCUGCCUGGAAGGAUGUCCAGGGAAGCUCUUAACAGGAUCUUGCUGACCAGGGGUGGUCCUCCACUCUACAGUCUCACUGAGGUGGAAGCACAGAUAUACAGGGAUGCCAAGGAAUGCCUAAAUCUCCUGUCGAAGAGAUUGGGAACAUCUCAGUUUUUCUUUGGAAAUACGCCUUCUACUUUGGAUGCCUUUGUGUUUGGUUUCCUUGCACCUCUUUAUAAAGUGUGCUUCCCCAGAGUACAGCUACAAGAGCAUUUGAAACAGCUUCCCAAUCUAUGUCGUUUCUGUGAUGAUAUUUUAAGUUUCUACUUCAGGUUAGGUGUUUCAGGCCAUUCUCCAGCUGGACAGGAUUCAGUAGAUGCUAAUCUACAGAAACUCACACAGCUUGUAAAUAAGGAAUCCAACUUGAUUGAAAAGAUGGACGACAACCUCCGUAAGAGCCCUCAGCAUCCUCCUCGAAAGCUGACGACACUCAAGCUGGCUGCGGGCGGAGGCGAGGGCAGCCCACCGAGUCGCUUGUCCCCUUGACAGCUUCUGUGGCCCGUGCGUGUGUGUUGGCCUUCAGCUCCUCUGAACGUCACAGCAAUUCUUUUUCACAUGAUUAUGGUUUGGUGAGGGAAGAAUCUGCUAAUGGGUACGAGUAAGGAAAAAAAAAAUCAGCUUUACAAUCUCCUGUAUGCCUUUCCUUUUAGAAAAACACAAAGUUCAGGCUUAGCACACACCAAGCUGAGGCUAAACAAGAAGCUUCUUCCUGCGGAUGUUAUAUGGAUUUUGUACAGCAAACGUUUGUCUUUAUACUAGCAAAAAUGUUGACCAAAAGUUAAGUUUUCAUUUAUGGAGUAUACAACUUUAUUGUACUUUAUGGCUUUUGAUUUUAUUGUAAUUAUGUUAUUUUAUAGGUCAGCCAUGUCACUGUGUGAGUGGUUAUGCUCUUGUAUCCUCUGCAAAAGUCCAGUUUUAAAGCUGUAGAAAGGAUGGAAGAGAAUGAAUGGUUGCCUGUCAUAGCAGAUGAGAAAGACAAUAAGAGGAAGUUAAGCAUUUUUAUUGUACUUCAUGGACGCUGUUGUGUCUUACGUUUUAAAGGUGCGUGUAUUUCUGCAAGCUUGUCACGUUGCACUUUGAGGAGAAUGUUUGAGGAAAAGUGUGCGCACUGUGCGGCGCGCGGUCAUACUCAGUGCUAACGCCUCGCCACUCACACCCGAGGGAAUGAAGCUUAACCUGUGUCCUGAAUAACAUUCCAUGCUACAAAACCAUAAGUCUAAGUCACAGAAAGGACUGGUAGCGAGACGGAGGGGGUUGCUCUGUGCUUGUUUAGACAGGAGGCUUGUUCCUUGUAAGAGGCUGGCAGACAUACUGCAGCUCCGGACUGAGAUGCACUGGUGAAAACUUUGCGAGUGAAGCUGAUGGAGGCUUUUUAACUGUGUGUCACAGAUGCCUCUCAUUAGUUUUGUAUUUUUGUAAGUGUUAAAGUUCAUUAAAAAAAUAAAGUAAAUGUCCAGAUAUUUAUUCCUGGUCAGUCUGGUCCAGAGUCCUUUUAUCUCAGAAGUGUAACAUAUUUCUCUUAUUUAUUUAAGGGACUCAGUGUGUCUCAUUACAUUUCCUCUUAGCAGUUUGUCUUGCCUGUUGUAGAGACCCAAACAGUUCUGUUGCAGAAGAAAUGUUCCAAGUCUGUACUGGUAACGUGCUGGCAAGUGCUUCACGAGUGGGGUCAUGGGAGUUAGUCAGGGAAAUUAAGGGAAGUCUGAUGGAUAUAUGUAUAGGAGGGUGCUCUCAGGUUUUGUUUCCUUUCUUUUUAUUUCUUGGGUGAAUCAAAAUAGCCCUUCAACUUCCCUUCAGCUGCUGGUCACAUUUGAGAUCUAUAGAUAAAUUAUUUGCUAUUUAAACAGACAAGACUGUAGAUUGUGUACAUACUGUACUUCUAGACUUGAUAUGUAAGGAAUGUAUUAAUAUUAUCUUUAACAUUUCUGAUUUAUGAUGAAAAUUAUGAGCACUUUACAACAAGGUUUAUGCUUUCUGCUCUUCCUAGAAUGUUUGUUUUAGUGAUUAGAAAUGGAUCUAGCCCAUGCUCACGAUAAUUGGAUAAACUGACAGUCCAGUACAUGUUUUUAAAAAAAGUCAAAUAUUUGAAAUUUUUGCUGCCUGUAUCUUGACAAGGUAUAAAUGAAAUCAUGUCACAUUGCUUUUCUAAGUCUUUUAUUUAUUGAACACAGCUAUGGAGAAUAUGCCUUAGUCUGUUGCUUUUGUGAAUAUGUACACAACAUGUGAAUCUCUAAAAUCUCUUUGUAAAGAGUUCAUUACUCUGAGAUUAAAAUUU